CAACUCCAGUGGUAGGGAGGUUUCCUCAUCAAAAAGCCAACCACCCGCAGACAGCAGCUCUUUGUUUCUGUUCAUGGCAUACCGGUAGUUCUCCAUCUCAGCGAAGCAACUGGUUAGUCGGGCAAUAGCUAGCUAGCCGGGGGUGCUGUUGGUGCAGUUGGUCACUAAUUCUCUAUCCUAUCACCUUAUAGCUACACAUAACACUUAGCUCGCUGCUGUCUCAUCUAACUGGAACAAACAAUAUCCAACAGCCUCGCAACUAUCUCUACGCAAAGUUUCCUUGCUUUCUUGCUUGCUUUCAUUCUUCCUUAGGGCAAUCAGGGUAUGAGGAAUCCUUCCUCCAGCUCAUAGAUAAUGCCGUUUCCAGCAAACACACCGGGAGAAAUAGCUAUUCCAUUGACAUACGCUCCGGUGUCAUCCACAGUUAUUUGCAAAGGUGUUCCUUCCAGUGUGAUCAGGGUGUCACCGUCGACAAGUGCUGUAACUGUGCCUGGGACCACAUGAUAGGAUAGAAGAGUCAGCAUCUGAUCAGUGCCCAAUUGCUCCAGAAAAAAGUCCAGGUCAUCACCCUGGGCGGGAAAUGCAUCGUCAUUGGGGGCGAACAGUGUAUAUUCGUCGGCUCUUUGGAGGGACACUGUCAAGCCCGUCCACUUGAGCAGAGAUAAGAGUGUCUUGUAUCGAUUGUAGGCCAGAGCCGUGUCAAUAAUGUCCGACAAAUCUCCUCGUUCUUCGUUUUCCGGGAACUUUGCAACCACAGAUGCAGGAGGAGUUUCGAUCGACACCGACACAUUAGCACCAGGUGCAGAUGUUUCUAUUUCUGGUGCGUCUGUUUCUGGUGGAUCCGUUGCUGGUGGAUCCGUUUCGUCAACUUCCACUGGUGCAUCUGUUGCUGGCGGCUCCGUUUCGAUAACUUCCACUGGUGGAUCCGUUGCUGGCGGUUCCGUUUCGGUAUCUUCCAUGGUGGGCGUUUCCGUCUCCACGUCUACUUCUGCCACCCCUGCAGAAGGGCCGGCGGUAGCUUCUUCUUCUAGUAAGACGCCAUCGUACACCUCCGGUAGUGUGUCCCCUCCAUCAGCCAGGCUGAUGGACUCUCCUUCGUCGUCCAUGCCGCCCAUGUUGUUGUUGUUCAUGAGCCUUCUGCUACGAAGAGCUGAUGCCAUCUUGUCGCCUGUUGUGGCUCCUCGGAUCUGGCCAGACACUGGGCCUACAAGCAGCACCAAUGCGGCAACUAGAAAGGAUACCGGUAAUCGGAGGGAGUUCGUCAUGGUUGUCUUCUUUGUUUCCUUUUAGUUUCUAAGCAAACUUUCGAAUUUUAUGUUUUCCCAUGUCUCCUGGAAGACUCCCACAUUCCCAACGGCCGAUUACUAUUGCUUAGAAUUGUACAAACCAACGACAUUGAAACGUGCAUGAAUUAUCUUUUCACACAAUGGCUAGCCCCACCGAUAGAGGGCUGCAAGUUGCGGUUAGAACCAGUCAAGCCUCAGUUCAACGCUCUUGGUUGCGAGAGACUAGAAGAGUGUUCCGCUUCGACAACGUACAUUUCGGCUGCAACCUAUUAAUUAAUACCAGCAGAGAGCAGCUCUUGGAGCUGCUCAUCUUUCCUCUUUUUUAAAAGCGAGAGGUGCGCUGGGAGUGACAUACCCAAUCCCACCACCCACCAUCACCAUGCGCGGCCUCCCCGUCGCCCCAGUUCUUUGUGUUAAUGGUAUCUGCCUGGUGCUUUGUCACCGAUACCGUACCAGCUCGUACGGGUAGUGUCACCCCCUCCAAAGCAAUCCCAAAGCAAAACUUUGAAGACCCACUGACCGGAGAGACAAGUCAAAACAUUGUAGAGCUCGGCAACGCGUCUACACCUCCCACUAACAGUAGCUAGCAGACUGGAAAGCAAGAGACCCAAAACUUGGCGAUCGCAACAUCUCCAAACCACAAAAACUGCUCCUGGAACCACCCGAACCCUCUAGUCGCAAGCUAUAUAUUGACUAGCUAACAGCAUUUCUUUAAAAAAUACCAUAGCACAGCAGCUGUUCAAUCAAGACAUUUUGGGGUAAAGUGUCUUAGGGUACGGGUAACCCCCUUUUACACAGGAAUUAACAAUCACACCGUCGAUAAGGAAGCUACCCGGUCACUUUCGAGAAUACACGUGGCGGAUGCAUUCGAUCAGUUCAUGGCAUGGUUGAUUGCUGCGGCCUAUCGAUUGCAGCUCCAGAUACCGUUCCAUAACCAUCCCACACAUCUCUCUCUUCUCUUCAUAACAAUGCCAGCUAUGCUGUGCUGAGUAAUAGCAGCUAGCAUUGGAAGCCAACAGCGUGCAGUCGGUAACACUGCAAAGAAGAGCUACUAGGCCCUGAGAAGCUACAUCGAUACUGAGACUUUACUAACCAUGUCAUCUGAGAACGAGGAAUCCGUCUCUAGAAUCUCCAGGUCGGAUAGGAUGAGGACAACCAACACCAACUCUGCUGAGGAGAUCGACAACUCCAAAAGUCAAAGUCAGCUUGACUCAUCUCUGCGUCCUGGGGCAUACUCCAAGGCUCCAGGACAAGAGCUACAGCGCAAUGGAACCUUGGAAUACAAGGCACACUUUCGUCCCAGUCACACCGACAGUAUACUUGAAGGAAACAAAGAAGACGAAAGAGAUAAACGGAAAGAUAAGAAAAAGACCGCGACUAUAGAUGCUGCUUCAUUGCACAAUCCAGACCAACCACUUGUCUACGAAAAGAUGACAGAUCCGGAGAAUUCCCCCCAAGAAACGCGCCUGUCACGAGGACCACAAGAGCUGCGAAAGGCAACUCUGGCGGCAACCUUGGUACCUUCCACUUAUAGUAUGAGUGUUCCCAGCAAGCUCUUGGCCAGUGUGAAGGAGGAAGAAAAAGACUCCUGUGUGAUGGAAAAGGCUACCAUGUCCGAUACACAUAAUCGGCCGAAUGCUGGUGGAGCCUAUGCACCCGAAGAACGCCGCCUGUCACAAACAUCACUGGAGUUGCGCAAGGCUGCGCUGUCACUGACUCUUCCUUCUAUGCAAAGCUUGAAUGCCAGUGUUUCCUCCUCUUCCAAGCCAAUGACAAUGGAAGACAAGUCCACUGAUUUUGUGGCACUGAAAAAAUCCAUCAACGCGGAACGAUCCACCGACUUUGUCUUUGGCAAUCGAUUUGCUUGUGACGAAGAGAAUCCCUUUGUUGCCGACUUGGAUGCUACAGCAGAACUGACAGAGCAUGCAUCCUCGUCGCUUCCUCUUGCCGCUGAAGUGGUCAAGUCUCCGCAAGCUGUGGAGGAAGAAAUCCGAGAACGCGUUACCAAUGAGCUGUUUGUGAGUUGCUCCUUGGCAGAAGCUGUACCAACCAAGACCAACAACAAGCGAAGUUGUUGGGGGACUGCUAUUGUCGUGGCAGUGGUACUGAUGAUCCUUGUGAUUGUGGGUGGUGUUGUGACAGGCAUUGCCAUUUUCGGUACAGAUGAUCCCGAGGAUGAACAGGCUGAGAAUGGUCCUGUCAGUUCUUUUCCUUCUGACGUUGUCAUUACAGAAGAGAACGAGAACGGCACGUCCUUGCUGAUGAGUGCAACUGCUGUUGGUGACAUUGAUGACGACCAAGAAAGCAACAAAGAUGAUGAUGACUCUGUAUUAUCAUUGUUGUCAGACAAUAGCACCAUUGCAGUCAUUCCUGAGACUAUCUGCUAUGAGAGGGCACCCAUGAUGGGAUGGAGUGCUGUUUGUGAACCUCAACCCGCAGGUAGCGCUGUGUCCAAUUUGGUUGCCGCAUCUCGUCUAUGGAGCAUACCAGAGGCCAACAUCUCCAUUCUCAAUGCUGGUGAGGUGGAGACAGACAUGUUCGAGGGAAACUACACGUUGGCCAUGGCCAAAACCUUGCUUCCUUAUCAGAGCAAUACUCUUGUUACAAUCAAGAUGGAUGGUGCCUACAUCAAGAUUGUCUUGGAACGUGGGCUUCAGCGCCUUCUUGAUGAUGUUGGACUCUUUUACACAGUUGGCCGAUCUUUCGUGGGAGGCUCUUAUCCCUAUGCAUCUGGCAUUCGCUUUGAUGUCGACAUGACAAGGUCAUUUCCCCAGCGCUUAUCCAACAUAAAAGUCUACAUUGGAUCACAGCCACCGCCACAGAAUGUGGAAGACAAUGAUGAAGCCUUGUGGGGGCCCAUUCAGAUGCAAGGUGUCAUGUACACGGUGGUGACAAACUCAUACCUGGCAAAUGGUGGUGACAAUUAUCAUGAGUUUACCAGACAAGAAUUCUACCGCAAUGAGACACAUUUGAAUUCUCUCGAGGAAUUUGUGGCAUAUUGCCAAGCCCAUGAAACACUUUUGACUCCACCACAAAGCCAUUUCUCAACGCAGUCCUACAUUCAUGACCGCAGCAUUCAGUACUGCAGCUGUGCUACGGGCAUCUACAAUGAAUCUAUGGGGGUUUGAAAAUGGACAUGAGCAGUCUUUCCUUCGUAGCAAUGCAUAAAUAUAAUGUCAUGCCAUGGAAUCAAAUGA